AUGGGGAUGCCACGAGCUGAGGAGGGUGGUUCCCCUGCCAUGAACGAGGUGCCAGCAACCAGUCAGGAGAGCACAACGGCUACAUCAUCAUCUUCUUCUAGCGAUACUGAGAAUCAAGAGAAUGCUCUCGAGGAGGUUAAAAGCCGGGAUUUCGUCCCAAAACGGUUAACCCUCUCGUUCAAGGACUUGACUGUCCGGGUGACAGCCUCCAGCGAAGCUUUGGGAGAAACUCUUUGGUCAAGAGUUGAUCCUAGUCAACUCAAGUCAAUUUUCACAAGGAAAACACCACAAAGAGCUAUUUUGAACAAUGUCACUGGCCAAGUUCGUCCAGGAGAAAUGCUUCUUGUAUUAGGUCGCCCUGGAUCUGGAUGUACAUCUCUUCUUCGUGUUCUCUCAAAUGAUCGAGGAUCUUUCCCCGAGGUGACAGGUGAGAUGUACUAUGGAAGCAUGAAUCACAAGGAGGCUCGAAAGUUUCGUCAACAGAUCGUGUUGAACACUGAAGAUGAUAUUCACUUCCCCACGUUGACCGUCAACCAAACUUUGAAGUUUGCUCUGAGGAAUAAGGUCCCUCGGAAGAGGCCAGAGGACUUGGAAAAGAAACAUAGCUUUGUCCAGCAUAUGCGAGAUAACAUCCUGGGAUCUUUGGGCAUUGACCAUACCCGGAAAACCCGAGUUGGGAAUGAGUUCAUCCGAGGUGUCUCUGGAGGCGAAAGGAAACGCGUUUCCCUUGCCGAGAUGAUGGCUAGUCAGGCUCCUGUGCAAUUCUGGGAUCAACCGACUCGAGGACUUGAUUCCAAGGGCGCCUUGGAAUUUGCCCGAAACCUGCGUCAGCAGGCCGAUGAGUUUGACAAGACCAUCGUCUUGACAACCUACCAGGCCGGAAAUGGGAUUUUCGGCCAGUUCGAUAAAGUUCUGGUGCUCGCAAGUGGACGUGUGAUUUACUACGGGCCUCGUGUUUCCGCCAGGGCGUAUUUUGAGAACCUUGGAUUCGUCUGCCCCAAAGGCGCAAACAUUGCCGACUUUCUGACAUCCGUCACUGUCAACACGGAGCGUACCAUUGCGGCAGGCUUCGAAGGCCGGGUUCCAGACACUCCUGAGGAUUUUGAGGCGUCUUACCAACAGAGCGAGCUGUGUCGACACAUGCGCGAAACCUCUCAGUCUCCAAGUGACCUUGAAAGUGAAGCUGAGGACCUUGAAGCUGCUGUGUUGAGAGAGAAAAGGCAGAGAAAGUUUAUGGUUGGCCCCCGAGGAGUUUACACUGCUGGCAUGAAGGAGCAGAUCGCCAACGCAACAAUCCGACAAUAUCAGAUCAUGACCGGAGACAAGCUUUCGUUUGCUAUCAAAAUUGUAUCGGCUACCAUACAGGCCCUGGUGGCUGGCAGCCUUUUCUACAACCUACCUAAUACCAGCGAAUCGGUCUUCCGCCGACCCGGUCUCCUGUUCUUCCCUGUUCUAUACUUCCUAUUGGAAGGCCUGGCCGAGACGACGGCUUCUUUCGCCGGGCGCCCUAUUCUACUUCGACACAAAAGAUUCGGCUACUACAGACCGACGGCUUUUUGCAUUGCUAACGCAAUCAUGGAUAUACCUAUUGUUCUUAUACAGGUGACAUGUUUCUCGCUGAUCCUCUACUUCAUGGGCGGAAUGCAAGAAGACGCGGGCAAGUUCUUCACUUUUUGGAUCGUUGUAGUUGCGAACACGCUUUGCUUUGGGCAGAUGUUCCGGGCUAUCGGUGCCAUCUUUGAUCAUUUCGGCACGGCUAGUUUCAUCUCUGGCCUGGUUUCUACCAUCUUCUUUGUCUAUGGAGGAUAUCUAAUCCCGUUUCAGAAGAUGCGUCCAUGGUUCCGAUGGAUAUUCUAUCUUAACCCAGGUGCGUAUGCCUUUGAGGCACUGGUAGCCAAUGAGUUUGACGGGCUCGAUCUUGAAUGUGUGGCGCCCCAGUACGUCCCAUUUGGACAAGGUUACGACACCGGCAGCUCCCAAUAUAGAGGAUGCACUGUUCCGGGAAGCAACGGCUCGACCGUGAACGGCAUUGAUCAUCUUGCGCAGCAGUACAGUUACUCCGUCGGCCAUAUUUGGAGAGGCUUUGGUGUUAUCAUGGGAUUCUGGAUAUUCUUCAUCGCCGUCACUGCUGUGGCCUUUGAGUUCAAGAACAGCCACAAGGGAUCAUCUGUCUUGCUCUUUAAACGGUCCUUCCGUAGAAAUAAGGCCCAGUUGGAUGAAGAGAAGGGGCCAAAUAGAUCUGCCGAUUCGUCAGCGGUUCUGGCCCAAUCUAACCGUCAGUCCAUUUUCACUUGGAAGGAUCUUGACUACUAUGUCAAGUACCAAGGGGCCCAGAAACAGCUUCUGAACAAGACGUUUGGGUAUGUCAAGCCAGGGAAUCUCGUGGCUUUGAUGGGAGCUUCGGGUGCAGGUAAAACUACGUUGUUGGAUGUUCUGGCGCAACGAAAGGACUCAGGAGAUAUAUUUGGUUCCAUCUUGAUUGACGGAAAGCCACAGAGCAUCUCUUUCCAGAGAAUGACCGGAUACUGUGAGCAGAUGGAUGUCCACGAAGCCACAGCUACGGUGAAGGAAGCCCUCGUCUUCUCCGCUGUUCUACGACAACCACAACACGUUCCAUAUGCCGAGAAGAUUGACUAUGUGAAUCGCAUUAUUGAACUUCUCGAGCUCGAAGAUAUUUGCGAUGCCAUCAUUGGAGUCCCGGGCGCUGGGCUAGGAAUCGAACAGAGGAAGCGAGUUACACUCGGUGUUGAGCUCGUUGCAAAGCCAUCUCUCCUAUUCUUGGAUGAGCCAACCUCUGGACUUGAUGGACAAUCCGCGUAUAACAUUAUCCGAUUUUUGCGCAAGUUGGUGGAUGGUGGUCAGGCAGUAUUGUGUACCAUUCACCAACCCUCUGCAGUACUAUUCGAGGCCUUUGACUCGGUCUUGUUGUUGGCUAAGGGCGGACGGAUGACAUACUUUGGCGAAACCGGAACCGAUUCCAAGACCCUCCUUGAUUAUUUUGCCCGGAACGGAGCCCCUUGCGAGGAAGGUGUUAACCCAGCAGAACACAUUGUCGAGUCUAUCCAAGGGAACACGGCAGUUCCCAUCGAUUGGGUCGACGUUUGGAGCAAAUCCCCAGAGAGAACUAGAGCUCUCGAAACCUUGGAAGGCUUGAACAGCAAGGCUCUCGCCGCGACAGCAUCGCUGCCGGAGGACAACGCCAGCUUUGCCACUUCCAAGUUCUUCCAGUUCAAGACGGUGUUGCACCGUCAGAUGAUCCAACUUUGGCGCUCACCUGAUUAUAUUUGGAACAAGAUGGCUCUCCAUAUUUUCGCGGCUCUUUUCAGCGGUUUCACCUUCUGGAUGAUCGAUGACGGAUCUUUCUCUCUUCAGCUCAGGCUCUUCGCAGUAUUCAACUUUAUAUUUGUGGCCCCUGCAUGCAUUGCCGGUAUGCAACCAUUCUUCCUCCAUAACCGCGAUCUCUUUGAGACACGCGAGAAGAAGUCCAAAGCAUACCACUGGUCGGCCUUUAUUGGGGCACAGGUUGUUUCCGAAAUACCGUAUCUCAUCAUUUGUGCCACAUUAUAUUUCGCAUGUUGGUACUUCACAGCCGGUUUCCCUGUUGAUGCCCGUAUCUCCGGUCACAUUUAUCUUCAGAUGAUCUUUUACGAGUUCUUGUACACCUCCAUCGGUCAAGCCAUUGCAGCUUACGCACCAAACGAGUACUUCGCUGCCAUCAUGAAUCCUUUACUCAUUGGUGCUGGUAUGAUAUCAUUUUGCGGCGUCGUCGCCCCUUAUGAAUCUAUGCCAGUGUUUUGGAAGUCAUGGCUCUACUGGCUCGACCCAUUCCAUUAUCUCGUUGGUGGCCUUUUUGGCACUGUUGUCUGGGAUGUCAAGGUCAACUGCCUCCCCGAGGAAUUCACAACUUUUGCCAUUCCAGAUGGACAAACCUGCGGGCAGUACAUGGCCAGCUUCCUUAGCAGCAAUGCCGGUUACGUGUCUGAUCCGUCUGCCAAUGGGUCUUGCAGUUAUUGCCCGUACUCAACCGGCGCCGAGUAUGCAAAGACCUUCAAUAUAAAUGAGGCGUAUUACCCAUGGAGAGAUACUGGCAUCACAGCCUUAUUCUCCAUCUCUUCGUAUGCUCUUGUGUUUCUCAUGAUGAAACUCAGGAGCAAGAAGACGAAGAGCGCCAGAUCUGAGUAG